CUCUAAAAACUAAUAACAUCCCUGAUGACAUGUGUUUCGUAUUCAGCGGUGGACAAUUGUGAUUCACGCCCUUGCCAGCAUGGCGCUACAUGCCAGGAUCUGAUCCAGUCCUACAAAUGCUUCUGUGCCCCUGGUUGGACUGGGCGUCUGUGUGAUCAAGCCCUCAACGAUUGCCGAUCGAUGAACUACGGUUGCCUGAAUGGAGGAUUGUGUCAGGGUACAGCGUCCUCCGCCUUCGCUUGCAGGUGUCCCACUGGCUACUCGGGUGCGAGAUGCGAAAACAACGUGUGUUCCCCUUCUCCGUGCUACAACGGCGGCAAGUGCCGAGCGGUCAACGCCACAGACUGGACAUGCGAUUGUCUGCCCGGCUUUACCGGCUCGACCUGUGACGUGGCAUCACCCUGCGAUUCCUCCCCGUGCCAAAAUGGCGGCCGCUGCUACCAGACCUCCUCCGGCGGGGAGUACAGGUGCUUCUGUACAGACUCCUACUCGGGGGACAGAUGCGAGAUCGUGGCACCCUGUGCUUCGUCUCCUUGCAGUAACGGUGGUGUCUGUUACCCUCGGGGUUCCUCCUUUGUCUGUCAGUGCCCAACUGGCUGGAGCGGCACCACGUGUCAAACCCGUGACCUUUGCGCCCCCAAUCCCUGCUUCAAUGGAGGUGUCUGCUCUCCCUCGGCAGGGAGCGUUGGCUACGUCUGCAACUGCGGCGGCAAUUACACGGGCCUGACGUGUCGCAACCUUGACCUGUGCAACGCCCUGAAGCCCUGCAUGAACCGCGGCACCUGCCAGGUCGACGCGAAUGGCUCUUUCCGCUGCCUGUGCCAGCGCGGCUACACCGGCGACCGCUGCGACCUGGUGGACACCUGCGGCAGCUACAACCCUUGCCAGAACGGGGCCACAUGCGUCAACACCGCCAGCGGCUAUGUGUGCCAGUGCGCAAGCGGCUUCUCCGGCAUCAACUGCCAGCUCAGCGGACCGUGUCGCUCGCAGCCUUGCCUGAACGGAGGCUCGUGCUACGAGGCGAGCAGCAACUUCACUUGCCGCUGCCGCAAAGGCUUCGUCGGCGACAGGUGCGAGACACGGGACCCCUGCGCCAGCGAUCCUUGCGGCGAAAACGGCAAAUGUCGCGAGUGUGCUGGGGUCAGCAGCGUGCAGUGCGUGCUGGCAGGCCGCGAUUAUGCCUGCACCUGCUUGAAGGGUUUCAUGGGCUUGAACUGCCAGGACCCGGACCCCUGCGCCUCGGGACCCUGCCAGCACGGAGGCUCCUGCCUGGCCUUGACCCCCAGCACCUUCACCUGCACCUGCACGCCCAGCUACUCGGGAGCCUACUGUCAGCAACAGUCUCCCUGCUACAGCAGUCCUUGCCUUAACGGCGGCACCUGCCAACCGCAGGCCAACGCCUCAUACGGGUACUCAUGCCUCUGUCCUACCGGGGUGCAGGGGUCGCGCUGCGAACAAGACGAGCGGUUGUGCCUGCAGAAUCCAUGCCAAAACGGGGGCACAUGCCAUACCGUUGAGCAGGGCCGGCAGUUAGUAUGCACCUGUCGUGACGGCUGGGGCGGAGACCGGUGUCAAACAAACGUCGGAUCCUGCAGCUCGUGUCUUAACGGCGGCACCUGCUACGGGACAGCUUCCUCCUUCGUGUGCAGGUGUCGUGACGGCUGGGGUGGAGAUCGGUGUCAAACCGAAGUCGGCUUGUGCAACGUCUGUCUCAACGGCGGCACCUGUUACGGGACAGCUUCCUCCUUUGUGUGCAAAUGUCGUGACGGCUGGGGUGGAGACCGUUGUCAGACUGAAAUCGGAGCAUGCAGCUCAUGUCUCAACGGGGGAACCUGUUACGGGACGGCAUCGUCUUUCUUGUGCAAGUGUCGUGACGGCUGGGGUGGAGAUCGAUGUCAAACCAAGUCGGCGUGUGCAACAACUGUCUUAAUGGCGGCACCUGUUACGGGACAGCUUCUUCCUUUGUGUGCAAAUGUCGUGACGGCUGGGGUGGAGAUCGAUGUCAAACCGAAGUCGGCUUGUGCAACAACUGUCUCAACGGGGCAUUUGCUACGGGACACCUUCCGCCUUCGUGUGUAAAUGUCGUGACGGUUGGGGUGGAGAUCGGUGUCAAACCGAAGUGGGCUUGUGCAACAACUGUCUCAACGGCGGCAUCUGUUACGGGACACCUUCGCUUCGUGUGCAAAUGUCGUGACGGCUGGGGUGGAGAUCGGAUGUCAAACCGAAGUCGGCUUGUGCAACAACUGUCUUAAUGGUGGCACCUGCUACGGGACAGCUUCUUCCUUUGUGUGCAAAUGUCGUGACGGCUGGGGUGGAGAUCGGUGUCAAACCGAAGUCGGGUCCUGCAACUCCUGUCUCAACGGUGGAACCUGUUACGGAACAGCGUCCUCAUUCGUUUGCAAGUGUCCGCAGGGUUAUCUGGGUGAACGAUGCGAAACUGCGAAGACUAACUACUGUAAGCUGAGUCCUUGCAACAACGGUGGCACCUGUGUGGAGACAAGCUCCGGUUUUAUCUGCAAGUGUGCUCCAGGCUUCGGAGGGGAUCUCUGCGGUCAGACCGUUACACCUUGCGGACCCUCCGUCUGCCUCAACGGGGGUCUGUGCCUGUCGGACGGCGCCAACUACUACUGCAGCUGUCCAGCACUGUAUGGGGGCGCCACCUGCGGGGUCCCGCGGGAUCCGUGCACCACGCAGCAGCUGCCAUGCAGCGGACACGGCCAGUGUCGCCACAAGGACUUCACGCCGUACGGGUACGAGUGCAUCUGCUACAGCGGCUACAGUGGCGACACCUGCUCGUAUCAGGUCAGCUACCAAAAUCUGCUAGCAAAAUGCACUCCUUUUACUGUCCUUUGUCUCCAGGGCUUGACUCCCAACACCUUUACCUGCGUCUGUCCUCGAGGUUAUGCGGGCUUGACCUGCGAAGAACAGGAUGCGUGCGCUGACCAGCCCUGUCUUCACGGCGGCACCUGCACCAACAACCUCCUGGGCCUGGCCUCCAGCAGCUUCACAUGCACGUGCACCCCGGGGUUCUCCGGAGACCGCUGCCAGAACUCUGCCGUCACGCCCAGCAACACCUGCAACGGAGUCGUGGUGUGUCUCAACGGCGGCACCUGCGUCAUUUCGCCUGAUGGCAACUCCUACUCCUGUCACUGCCCGAAUGAUUUCACGGGGAACUACUGCGAGCAGCGGGUGCCACCACCCUCUCCUUGUGGCGAUUACAUUUGUCACAACUACGGUUCUUGCGUUAAGAACGACCGAGGAUUAUAUGAAUGCCGAUGCCUGGAUGGAUGGGGAGGUCCGGACUGCAGUGUCUGGCAGUUCGCCGCCGUGCAGUGCCAGGGUAUCUACUGCGGACCCACGGGCGUGUGCUAUCGAGGACCGGAUGGGAAAGCAGCCUGUUACUGUGGGGAGCCGGGUGUCUCGUGCUCUUUCCGCUGCGAGACCAACUUCGGCCGCCAGCCCCAUCCCUACAACUGCGAGCUGUACGUUGAGUGCGUCUGGGGUCGACUGUUCGUGCGAGAGUGCCCCUUGGCGGACACCUCGGGUAGACGUCUUCAUUUCAAUCCCCAUGGCGAUGGCGUGUGCGACUGGCCUCGAAACGUCGGCUGCAGGCCAACGGCGUACACGUACACCAACAUCGUACGCGUCAACGGCCGGAAAUGA